CUGCAAGUUAUUGCAUUAGUAGCUACCGACAGCUGUUGGAAAGGCCUUUUCCUUCAUUAUUUUAUUCUCAUCUUCUUCUGUAUGUCUCUAUUUCAUGUAUUAUAGUGGUGCUUCUUAAGGGAGCAGUCAUUUUCAAAAUCUUGGGAGUUUAAAGUUAUUUUCACGCUCGUUUCUACAGUUCUUCCAAUUUUUUUAUUUUUAUUUGGUCUUGUUUUGGUUCAAUAGCUUUCUGUUUGAAUUUCUUUACAGUUUUUCUUGAGGGCUGCUCUUGUUCGGUAGAUGCCGUCGAAAGAAUAUGAGGUGGAAAAAGUCGUUGACGAAAAAUUAGACCGGCAUGGUAAGGUGAAACUUUAUAGAAUACGUUGGUUAAAUUACUCUGCUCGAAGUGACACUUGGGAGCCUCCGGAAAACCUUUCUGGCUGUGCAGAAAUUCUUGCUGAAUGGGACCAGAAAAAGCGGAAGAUCCAAUUAGAAAAAUUGGAAAAAACCGCAACACAUAAAAAGGGUUUUAAGUCGCCACCUCGUCCUAAACUCAAACAACAUCCAUUACCUUUACGAAAAGAGGCUCGCUCUGACAAUACAACUUCUGACCUCAAAAGUAAGAGGCUCUCAAAACCUUCUGUAAGCACCGCUCGUAAACGCGCUUCCUCUCUUUCAUCAAAUCAAGAAAAGCGGCAUCGUCCCGAGACUAAUCUUCGCUAUAUCAAAAAUGAUAACUCAGACAAGGAAAAGGAAACAACUAGCGAACCAUCAGAUACCAAAAAAGAUAUCUCGGAUACAUUGAAUGAGCCUUUUACUCAACCCUUGCAUACCACGUCGAACUUCACAGUAACUAAUCAAGUUGGCCCUGUGAGACAAAAUGCUUAUAGUUAUCUUUCUUUCUACGAAAAAAAGGAACUGUUUCGAGAACGUUUAAGAAACUUAGAAGGACCGGAGAUCACUUUGGUGAAUGAAGUAGAUGAUGAACCUUGCCCUUCUCUGUAUUUUCAGUUUAUCACAACAUAUCGGCUUACUGAAGGCGUUGUCCCUCCAGAUCCGAAUUUCCAAUCCGGUUGCACCUGUUCUGCUGAUGGUUGUAACCUAAACGAUCCUUCGCGGUGCGAAUGCUUGGAUGAUUUAGAAGAGCCAAAACAAUUUGCUUAUGAUGCACAAGGAAGAGUUCGGCGCGAUGCUCCGGCUGUUAUUUAUGAAUGCAACUCCUUCUGCUGUUGUCCACUGAGCUGCCCUAAUCGUGUAGUACAACGUGGUCGUACUCUUCCUUUAGAAAUUUUCAAAACCAAGGGAAAAGGUUGGGGUGUUCGUUCUCUUCGAUUUAUUCCCUCUGGGACGUUCAUUACUUGUUAUCUGGGGGAAGUCAUAACCUCUGAAGAGGCUGCCAAACGUGACAAAAAUUAUGAUCAGGAUGGUAUUACUUAUUUGUUUGACUUGGAUAUGUUUGAAGAUUCGAGUGUUUAUACGGUCGAUGCACAAACUUACGGUGAUGUCUCCCGGUUUUUUAAUCAUUCUUGUUCGCCUAAUUUAGCUAUUUAUUCUGUAAUACGUAAUCAUGGAUUUAGAACUAUAUACGACCUUGCUUUCUUCGCCAUUAAGGAUAUAAAACCUCUAGAGGAACUUACUUUUGAUUAUGCAGGAGUGCGAGAUAACUCUUCACAGUCUUCACAACAAUCUCAGCAAAUGAGGUCUUCUAAAAUACGAAGGAAGUGCAAAUGUGGAGCUACCAAUUGUCGUGGAUGGCUAUUUGGAUAAGGUCUUGAGAUUUUUACGUCUUUUACUUUCCCAAAGUUAUAACGAAUACUUUCAGGUAUAGACAUUUCUAUUAUAGUUUGCAUCACGUUAUCAAGUUAGUCAAUAAUUAUAUAGAUUCCUUGUUGAAAACAAAUAGAUUGUACUAUUUGUACGAAUAAAAGCGACAGGAGAGAAUGAUGGCCGCUGCCAUAAAAUUAUGUUACGAAAUUAUCGUGUUAUUAAAAUGGUUUAGGCAGCAAUUUCAGGGACUACAGGUUCACGGCUGGGUUCCGGUGCUAUGAUGCUUUGAGUACUUUCCUCAGCAGGGACUGAUCCAUUGUGGUUCUCUGUCGUGGAGUUAGCUUCGUUAACUGUCUUCACUGCAGGAGUGCUUGUCGGAGUUGGUGGCUCUUCCGGUUUCACAGCAGCACUAUCAGUACCAAGAGAUACCACUUCUGCAUCAGCGGGCUUAUCAUGCUUCUUUUUGUGCACGAAUUCAGUAAGCUUGCGGGAAAGUGAAGUAGGUAAGUGCUCAAGUUUUGCCUUUGUAUUUUCGAAGGGUUGAGUUGCCUUGCUUCCUUUUUCGGUCUGUACUGAUUUUUCAGACUUAGCACUUUUCGGGGCUUUAGGAGUCUUCCAUGACUUAGAGUAUGCAAGCAAGCCAUAUCCCCGCUUCUUGUUAGGGCUUUCUUGAACAGCUUCAUUGCUUUCUGGAACAGCUUGCUCCGUAGUUUCAGGUUGUUGAGUAAGGACAUCUGAGGGAGCCUCUGUUGCUUCCUCUUGUGUCACACCAUCGGCAGCAUCGUUGUUAACUGUUUCUUCGGGCUUUUCUUCUUGGCUCUUUUCAUGGUCUUUACCUUUCAAAAGAUAAUGGAAGAAAUCAAAUACGUUGUCUUUAGGGCUCGUAGGUUCGGGCUUUUCCGCAGCUUCAGAAGGAGUCUGUUCCUCUUUAGUAGAUUUUCCUUUGAAGGAUGGGAAAAGAGAGCGUAAAGUUUCCAAAGGGCUGGCUCCAGAAUUGUUUGCAAUUUUGUUCAGCUUAGUCAAAGUUUCACCAUAGGUACUCGAAUUUUCAAGUUCCUCCUUUAUCUCUUGUCUCUGGGAAAGAAUGACGUUUAGAUCUUUGAUCCAAGCAUCUCGACUUUGAGUGUUUAAGGCCUCCAAUGUUUCGGUUUUUCCAUUUUCGAAAAAUAGCAAAAACUUGUUACCAUUACCGGCUUCCACUUUUUCGACAUCCAACUAGAAAUUUUGUUAAUGGUUUCAUUUAAUUGGUAAAAGGAACUUACCAGAGAAAUAAUACCGCUUGGGACGCUAGUGCACUGAGACUUUGAGUAGAAAAGUAACCCCUUGCAUCCUUCAACUGCUUUGGCAAUUCUAUCAACAUAUAAACUUUGCGAAUUUAAUGAAGAUGACUCAUUAGCUUGCUCAGAACUCAAAGAAGGAUCAUCUUCAGGUUGCUUGUUGAGAGAACCUUGGAAGUGCUUUUUGUAGUAAUAAUUAAGAUAUUCUAAAGGCAUAGGGGAGUCCUUAAUGAAAAAGUAUCUUUUAAUAACAUGACUAUAUGUGUUAGGUAAUUUUUCUUGUGGAUUUUUUUUUAUGACUCACGGAAUAAGGCCAUUCGAACGGCAGUACAAGUAGCCUCCGGAGAGGUACUCGCUGGGCGUUGUCUCAAUGACCACAGGAUUCUUUGCCUUCUUAUUUCCUUCUUCGGCGGGAGUUUCUUUAGGCUUAUUGUUUUCCUCCUCAACCUCUUCCUUUGCUUGUUCAGUUGUUGGUUCAGGUUCGUUUGCUGCUUGCUCAGUAGAAGCGGAAGGUUCAGUUACCUCCGAUGGAAUCUCCUUGGCCUGAGCAAAUCCUGAAUCGAUUUCAGAAUGUUGCUGCAAACUUUCAGUACUUGGCUGAUCAACCUGUUCAGGUCGUGCUUCAGGGCUUUGAGUAGACAUGCUACAGAAUCAAACAAAGCGUUCAACGACUCAAUCUUGGGCGAAUUGAAAAAAGUUAGUGUUGGUUAAAGAAAGGAUGAAACCACCCCUCAUCCUCAGUUUGUGCAUGCAAUGUGCGGGUACAAAAACAAACAAACAAGGGGACAAAGAAAUAAACAAACAAAAACAAACAAAUUUUCGAAGAAACAUAAAGCAAAGGUGUAUAAACAGCUUAUUUAAAAUUAAUAAUCUCUGUGCUUUUUAAUUCUCGUUUCUUUCAUCUUUCAAUCCAUUUGGGAUGCAGCCCCAUAUAUGUAGGCUUUUUCCUUACAAGAUGGAUCGCUGGGGUAAAGCCGUCUUGGUUUUAUAAACAUAGGAGUUACUAUCUUCUUUCUUACUAUCAUGUUUACAGUUGGUUUUGGUUUUCUUUCGUUUCAUGUGCGUCCAUUAUGUGAUGGUGAACUCUUGCAUUUUACUAAUAUAUCCCUCCCUUUUUUUUUUGUACGAAUCAAAUGUAUUUAAAUAAAAUUCUUUCUAUAAAGAAGACACGAAAGGUAGACGCUUAGUUACCAUUGAAAAGGAACAUGCUGAAAUUGAAAUAUGCUUUUUUUACGUGAUGAAAGCAAGGAACUGAAACAUUCCUUUUUGAGCCCUCUUAUUUAUUUAUACUUGAUUUGAUAGUGUAAACGAGUUUUUCUUCAUUGCAUUCGGUCAGUAGAACUUCGCUUUUUGUUACAUACUGCAUUUGUUCAAGAAAAACAUGUCUGUGAAUUGUCAGCUUUGGCGCUCAAGAUAAUACUUGAUGGAUAAGCAAUGUUAUAGGUUGUAUAGCUUCCAUUUUGCUUCUCCAGAUUUCAUUGCUUUUUAAAGUUUCUUAUGUAUCUCUUGAUAUCCUUCAUUUUGUUAGAAUAUACGGGUUUUUCUUCUUGUUUGACAAUUCUACUUGCAUAAAUAAAGUCCGAUUACGAAACAGUUGUUUAUGUUCUCUUAUUUGAAGUUUCUACCAAUCUGGUAUUGUUUGUUUACUAUUUACCGCUACAUACAGAGCUCAUAAUAAUGCAUAAUAAACUACAAUAAGGUCGCGC